UAAUGGGAUAGUUAUACAGCUUUGUUUAAGAUAAUAAAAAAAUGGUUGGCAUAACAGCAGUUGCAGCCUUAGGGUAUGAAUAGAAUAAUUAUAAGAGCAACAGCAACAGUGGUUUAUAAUAAAAGGAAAUAAUAUUUGAGUUAGAGCGAUAUUUUUAAAACACCAAAACAACUUGAUGAUGAAUAUUUUCCUUCAAAAAGACCAACAUAUUAUUUUGAUGACAGAGAAGAUACGUUAAAUACAAAAAAAACGAGAACAGGAAAAAUAGAUCAAAUUAUUGAUUCUAUUAAUGUUAACUAUAUUCCCAAUUCUGAGUGCUUAGAACCUUAAACUAUUGUCGAUAUACUCUAAAAUACUAUAGAACUAGCAGGAGAUGAGUUUAUUCGAAUGACAUUAAGAAAUAGAGCUUAAAGAAGAUAAUUUAAGGAAAAUUAGAAAUUAAAUUAAUACAGAUAUUAAAUUAUUAAGUAUAAUGAAGAUUUAGAAGAGUUGUUAGAAAAGGCAUAAGCAGAAUUAUUAGCUAGAUUGGAUAUUAAUAAGAAUAUUUUCGAAGAAAGUAUGCUUGUUUUAAUGGAAAGAGGAUUUUUUCAAUAAUUGUAUAUGUUGUAAGCAAGUGUCAAAUAAAAAAUAAAAGAAAAGAUUCCUUCAAAGAAAGAUUUAUCAUUAAAAUAAAUUAAAGAAGUUAUAAAGUUCAAUAUUAGAAUAUUGAAAGAAUAACCAGAUCCUUUUAAAAAUAUUAUUAAUUAUAUGAUUGUAAUUAAUUCAAAUUAUUUAAUAGAAUAAGUAAGAUUAAAAAGAUUAUAUUCCUAAUGUAAUUAGUUUAUUGGUUCAAGAUUUUAUCUAUUAGAAAUAUAAGAUUGAAGAAGAAGAUCAAAUAAGAAAUAUUUCUAAACCAGGUAUAAUAUUUAAAUAUAUAUAUAUAUAGAAUGUAUGGGUGAUCCUGAAAUUCUGCAUUUAAUGGGUGAGAUAGAAAUGACUAUGUAAGAAUUGAUGCAAAAUUUGGGAUUAGGAGGCAUAGAAAAUAUUCCAGAUAAUUUUGAAAAUUUUGCAUGAA